AUGGCCGUCUCUGCCUCCCUGACGCCUGUGCCUCUGUCCCAGCUUGUGGAGGAGGGAAGAAAAAGCGUACCGAACCAUCUACUGGAAUCAAAAAUCUACGUCAAAGAGAAAAGCAACGGCCGUAUCCAAGUGGAUCCUUCUGAACUUCAUUUCAGCGGCUUCAAACUGGAGAAAGACUACGUGAAGAGCGUGAGACUAAUCAACAUCUCAUCCAGAGUGCUAAAUAUUCACAUCAUCCCCACCCAAAGCAAGCAUUUCCGAACAAACUACGCCAAAAAGUGUCGGCUCAUCCCUGGCCUCGCCUACACGGUGAAAGUCAAAUUCUGUCCUCACGAUUGGUCCCGUGUUUCCGACUGUAUUCGGGUUCACUGCGAGGACGAUGAGAACCUUUUAAUUCCAGUUCACGCGUACCCUGCCACCGCUCAUGUGCAUAUCCCAACGCGCAUUGACUUACCAGCUGCCCCGCUUGGACAAAGUGUUAGCCACAUCAUUCCACUGAGCUGUCGAUCUCCUGCUGAUUUGGAGUUUGAAGUGCAACUUAUUGAACCGCAUGAGGCCUUCUCCAUCCACCCACUGAAGGGUGUGAUCCCAGCCAACGGUCAAUCCGAGGUCACCAUCACCUUCAGACCCUGCCGCUACGAGACUUGCCAGGCCACCGUUCGACUGCUCGUCUCACAGUUCAACACCAAAUCCUACCUCUGUACCGUCACCGGAAGCUCCGUCCCUCUCCUUGCUUUCAGGGAUCUUGCUCUUCAGGACACACCCGUCAAAGGUAAAGGAUCUUUACCAGCCAUCCAAGUCCAAAGUCCGGUCAAACAAAAGUCUACCAAGGAUGUCGUCAAACCCAAGGGUGCCUUAGGAUGUCCAACUGGGCGAAAGCCAGGACCAAAGCCCCUGGUGGAUGCCUCCACCCACGCGGGGGUGGCAAAGAUGUUGCAGAAGGACAGCAGCAAACUUGGCGCUGAAAACCUCAGUGAGAGUCUGAAGAACAGGCAGAAGAAGGAGGCUCUUUUCCUAAAAAAGGUUCAACUCAAUGUUAAAGAAGAGCAAAUCAAUCGCCUGAAAUUGCAAGUCCAUCUAGGUAAAGACCCAGUGUCACACUCAACCAGGAACCAAGUAUUGGAGGACAGACUGGUUUCAUUACAACAGUACAAGGUUAGUAAAGGAGCUGUUAGACAAAAUGAAGACUUUACCAGCGGACCACCCAAACUUUACUCAAUCCGGCUAAUAUCUGACGCAGGGCAGGUCCCCAAGGGAGCUCCAUCCUUCCAGUUUCACCCCAACUUUCAGUGGGCGCUUAAACAGAGAGCCCUCAAACUCUUCCAGCAAGCAGCACGCAAGGUUGUGAUGCAAUGUCGCAUGAAGCGGAUUCUGGCCUUGUGGAGAAAUCUACCGGACACUGCGGCGGGGUUGCUCUUAGCCGAUAAAGUUGAAAAGGAGGAGGCGUGUGUCAUGAAGAUCUCCCCUGACAGAAUCUUUCCAUCUUCUUUCCCGCUUUUCACUGAUGAAGCUGAUCCACUGGCUCUUGACUUCCCUGCACUGCCUGUGGAUGCUGUAGAUGUGAGGGUGACGACACAUGUUCCUACCUUCAAACUCCAAGUCCCGCAGUACUACAAGCUGAUGGGAUACCAGCCUGUUUCAGCCUGGGAUGCUUUUAACGCCUUCAUUCCCACUACGUUAGCUCGACCCCUUCUCACGGGAGAUGCGGUGAAGUCACAACACAUUAUAAUCAGCCGACAUCCGAAUAUGCGAUAUUUACCGUGUAUGGACUGUUCAUAUUUUUAGGAGGAUGGUUUCCAGUCACCUACACCGGGAGAGGAGGACGAACAAGAUGCCAAUGAUCUCAACUUUACUCUCCCUAGCGCUCUUCUCAAACCCAUUCCCGCACACCCGCUCAGAAUCUUCAACCCUUGUCCUGGCCUUCAGGCGUACAAGCCAACUCCUAAAUAUCUGGAAAGCGAUGUGGACUUUCACCUUUGCCCGUUGCCUCGUUAUUCAACCGCUGAGAGCCACUUAAGUGGGAUGGAGUCACAAAACUUACAAAUGCAGACUCUGGAUCCAAAGGGAGCUAUCACAGGGUUGAAGACAUGGGACAAUUUUGACUUGGUCACUGCAACAUGUGUGUCCAGACAGGCUGCUUUGAGCAGCAACAUCCUGCACGGUUCUGCUGACUACAACAAAGAGAUCCUUCCUGUCACAUCACCCGCUGCUUUCACCCAGCCUCCUCCUUAUCUCUUAGGAUGUACAGACAAAAGGUGCGACGUGACGCUAACCCCAGAGAUGAUCAAGAAAGAAUUUAUGUCUGGUUUCCAGUGA